AUGAAGGGGGAAAGAAGCCACUCCGAGUACCGCCAGCCUCUCAUCCUCCGCACGGAUGUUGUGGGAGGAGCGGGCUUCCACAACAGCGACGUGCACGAGGCGACGAAGAUGUUCAACGUGAUGGAGAAGGCGAAGAUGCUGGUCGAGGUCGAUGGCAUCAAGACGUCAGAGGUGCAUCAUGUCACCACCGACAAGAGCCUGAGGGAGCUGAGGGAUGAGAACUCAAGGCUGGCUACUCCUCAAAUGUAUCUGAGGAUGGGAGGAAUCAGUGAGCAGCAGCAGCGCUCUAUGCCGACCAUGCAGAGCUUUCGGAAAGCAGAGGCUCCUCAUGGUGACAAGCGCCAGGUCUCCUCGCACGCUUUCCAUGAGCUGGUCAGGAAUGAAGUCGACAGUGCCCUUGCCCGGUCCAACUCCAAGGAGGACGUGCACAGCUUGCUCAGUCAAGCGCCGACAGAGCAGGAGGACGAUGAGAAUUCUUUGAGAGACAUGAACUCCUGUGACCUCCAUCAGUCUGUCUCGGGUGCAAACACAGGAGGGCUGAGGUUGAACGACAAGGGACGAGGAGGAGGACGAGGAGGAGGACGAGGAGGAAGUGGUGUACCGAAUCUUGAAGGUCACCGGGCAGGGGUGGUUGAAAUUUUGCCAUUGAAUGGCACACCAAAGAUUUCUCCUGAGCAUGCGACUCAUGCUGGGAGCUCGGACAGGUCACUGAGAAAUAGGAACCCAUCGUCGUCGAAGCAGUACAGGAAGGGGCAAGAUCUAAGAAUGAAACUCGACGCCGUAGCCUUGGACGAGGAGGAGGAUGCUAAGAAGAGGAAGGCAGGAGAGGAGCAGGCUGUGCCGAGCAAGAAGCAGAAGACCAGCAAGGAAGGAGGAGGGAAGGACAGCAGGUCCAGGAAGCCUGUAAAGGCGAUUUGCGCCAUUUGCUCCACCGCUCGCCCGAUCGCACAGAGUGCGCUGAAGGAUCGAUGGAACUUUCGAUGCAGCGAGGUGGGAGAGAAAUGCAACGUCCGUUGCCUGUGGGGAAACUGCAGGAAGGGGAUGGUGCUAUCCGAGGAGGAGGCAGGGAGCUUCGAGCGGUUCAACAGCACCAUCCGCAAGCACUACCUUCAGUGCAAGCACCAAGGGAAGGGAUCGGCAAACGAGGGAGGUAGCAUCAAGCUCAUCUCUCCUGCUAUCCUGGCCAGGAGGAUGAUCAGCAUCUCGAUGCGGCUGCCCUUCUCAGCUGUGAGAAACACCGGGGAGGACAUGUGGGUCCAGUUCGCAGAGGAGUGCAUGGACUGUAAGACGCCGCAGGCCUUCGCGCAGCAGCUGCUGCGGCUGAGGAAUCAAAUCAAGCCUUGUCAUCUGCGCAAGGACUGGCUGCAGGAGGAGGCCGAGGUCUUCCUCCGUGAGCUGCAGCUGUGCAUGGAGUUCGUCGACGUCGCGUCCCUGAUCCACCGGCUCGACACGGGAGCUAUCAACUGGGGACACGUAGACAUGUCGUUCCGCAUGGAGAAUGCGGCGGAGACACUGGUAUCUGUCCGGCAUCUCAUCGCCUCCCGGGGCAAGAGCGGGAAGGGUGAGGUCGGGGUGGAAGCGGAGCAGGCAGAGGAUGAGACUAAGAUGAAACAAGCCCGCAACGAGAGCUCCAGUUUGCGGAGCAUCCUGCACGCCAUGCAAGACACAAACAAGUCAUAG